AUGGAGGAUUAUUUCAAACCCACACAAAUAAUGAAGUAUUAUGGCUAUUACAGACAUGACAUUUUCCAUCUGAUAAAACCAGAUAGAUGCUUUACUGAAAGUUUCUGUAUCUUCAACCUGGUGGUCAACAUUGUCACCUUCCUGGUUGGGGUUCUUGGGAACGGCCUGGUCAUCUGGAUCACUGGUCAUAAGAUGAAGAAGACGGUCAACACCACCUGGUACCUCAGCCUGGCCGUGUCUGACUUCAUAAUCUGUGUUGCCUUUCUACCCUUUUACAUCAUCCUCAUUUUUAAAGAGGUGUGCAUCAGGGAGGUUUUCAUGUGUAACUUCACCUUUGCUCUGAUAUUCAUCCCUUUGCUCAGCAGCAUCUUCCUCCUGGUCAUCAUCAGUGUUGAUCGCUGUGUGUCGGUGGUGUUUCCAGUCUGGUCUCAGACCAACCGUACCAUCAACAAGGCCUCUAUUGUGGUGGUCCUGACCUGGGUUUCAUCUGCUGCCCUCAGCACUCGUUUUAUGUUUGCGGAUGAAACCCACAGGCACAAGAUAGUGGCGAGUCACUUCAUUGGUGGCUUUGCAGUGCCCUUCCUCAUCAUCUUCUUCUGUUACUCUGUAAUGAUCCCAAGACUGAGAACCAGACGAAUGAUAAGCGUGUCCUUCAAGUCCCUCAGAGUAAUGACUUCCCUGAUCACCAUGUUCUUUAUCUGCUGGCUGCCCUUACAUGUCUUCAUGCUGUUACCCCCAAACCACAUAUAUUACAGCACAGAGGUCAUAAGAACUGGACUUAUGGUGGGAAUAACAUUAGCCACAGUCCAUAGUUUCCUCAGACCAGUGCUGUAUGUUUGCAUGGGGAAUAAUGUCCCAUCAACACUCAAGAGGUCCAUAGUUGGUAGGAUUGAGAAUGCCCUUGGAGAGGAUGACCCCCCCACCACCAGCCAUGAAACAUCCACACAUCUCUAA